AUGGCAAAGGGUCUGCAUAGGGCUGCAUGGUUUUGUCUGUGGCUUGGCUUUGCCACCUGCCAACCUUCCUGCCAGGAAGUAGAUAGCCUGGUUUUGGAGGUGGAGGAGGGUGAUGCGAGCGAGAGCGAUGUGCAGCAGCUGCUAUCUUGCCGGCUUGAUUGUCAGAUUCUGAUACCUCUGGGAUGCAGCCUUUCAGAAAACCAAACUUUGCCACUGCUGAGGCAAGCAGCCACAAGCCUGAGCUGUUCAAAUUACGAGAAUUUGACCGAAACUUCCCUGGAGCUCUGGUUAAACUGUGGUGGAGACAUCCACUGGGAAGACGCCGCAGGCAAUCCGCUCUUGGACCUCCUGAGAAACAGAGAGGCCCGGAAAUUUUGGAACCAGCAAGCAACCAUCGAGGCAGCUGUGGCACACACGGUGUCAGACUGGCGUGCUUGGGUGAUUCCAAUCUCAGCCGCCUUCUUGGCCUUCUUGGAGGUCUGCGCGGAGCGCUACGGCUUCCGGAGGUGCAAAGACCAAGAAGCACCUGGCAGUGAGGCCAAGGAGGACCCUUUCCUGGAGGGGGCCAAGCUCUUGGUGAGUGCGGCUUUUCGGAAGCAUAACAUCUUGGUGUCGCUCUGGCGCUUCCUGGAAGUCAGUACUUGCAUCUUCUGGUUUGCGCUGGUCUUGCUUAUCGUGCACUGGGGCUGGUGGAUCCCAGUGGCCGGGAUGAUGUACCUGCUGCCGGCCUUCCGCAUCUAUGGAUGGAAGGAGGUCAUGAAAGCCCCGACCCUGGCGAUGGUCGCCGCCCUGCUGCGCACGUCAGCUCUCUUCGGCAUCUUUUCUUUCAUCUAUGGAGGACUCUACUGGAAGGUGCUCAUCCCUGACUACAUGAUUGACAGAUUCUCAUUCCUGAUCAACCCUCUUGUUAUCAGCUGGUCGAAGCAGAAAGAAAACAUGCUUCAAAACAGCAUUUUGAAUGAGCACUGGCUAUUCUUCUGGGCUCCGGACAUCAAUGCUCUUCAAAUAUUCAGAACCUUCAGAGAAAUCGCCAUCUGUCUCGUUGUUCUGUACUGGGCCUGUCUGCUGAUUGCGGUGCUCCGGCACUUCAUCUGCCGCUGUUGCUCCGGAGAUGAUCCGAAGAAGGCUCUCCGCCAUGAGCUGGAGCAUGCCGUGCAGGAGCUCUUGCAAAAACAGCCAGAGGAUUUUGGCGAAGUGGACAAGCGGAUCAAGCCUGUGAAAGCCUUUUUGUGCCCUUGGCAUGGGACUGGACUGUAUCAAUCUGUGGCCUUGCAGCUUCUGGAUAUUGCGCUACACAUCAACACGAGUCUCAGGUUUAUCCUGGAAGGCGAGUACUGGUUCGCCGCGGUCAUGAUCUUCGUGGUGACCCGGAGCAUCGUCAAGCAGUUUUUCAUCCUUCCAGCGUGGCAGUUCCGGAAGGCGCUGAAGGCGAGCGUUAGCAGGGGCCUGCUGAGAAGGGACGUCCUGGACUUCUUGGAAGAGCAGAAGCGAUCAGAAGCUCUCUUCUGCGGCUGCUUCACAGCCUAUUCUCUCUUCUUUGCCAUCAACUCAGCAGGGGACAUGCUGGUGCAGUACGUCAGCCUGCUCUCCAGCAUGUGGCAAUUUGCAGGCUACGCGAUGGAGCUCUGCAACCUGGAUUUCAAAGUGGAGGCGGUUCUUCCGCAAACCACAACCAGCCCACAUCCUCCCGCCGAUCUCCCCAAAAAUAUGGACCAGCUGGGAGGGGAUGAGAUCAAUGCAGAUGUCGAGGAUGUCCAGCUGGCGAACCAGAAGAUCCAUCAGGAGGUUUGA